AAUUGAGGAGGGGUAGAUCUGGAAUUUUAAAUAAGGCUUUUACGGUCUGAGCUCUCCGUCUUCUCUCCCCGCUAACGAACACGAUGGUCCGCUGCUUAUUACUCCGUAUAAUCCAUGGCGAUGAAGCCGCAGUCCAGGUCUCUGAUUCUCCGCGCCGCCCCUUUCUUGACCUCCCGGAUCCGCCUAAAUGCCGCGCUCCUUCGUUCUAGACCAUCUUCAUCCUCUGCUACGCCGGAACAGCACCCGGAGCUCAAGUCUCAGAACGAUUCCGUUUUCAUGACUGAGAAUUGCGUCCGGAGAAUGAAGGAGUUGCAAGCCAGUGAGCCCGAUGAAAAGAUGCUUCGCUUAAGCAUCGAAGCUGGUGGUUGCUCUGGGUUUCAGUAUGAAUUCUCCCUAGAUGGCAAGGCAAAUGCAGAUGAUAGAAUUUUUGAGAAGGACGGAGUUAAACUUGUGGUCGAUAAUAUCUCAUUUGAUUUUAUCAAAGGUGCAACAGUUGAUUACGUAGAGGAGCUCAUCCGUUCUGCUUUUCAGGUAUCUACAAACCCAAGUGCAGUGGGUGGAUGUAGCUGUAAAAGCUCUUUCAUGGUGAAACAGUAAAUGUAUACUCUCUCUCAAUAAGGUGUGCAUCUGCCUUUAUAAACCUGCAUUUGAGUCCACAAACUUGGAUAAAAGGAGCCUCCUGAACUUUAGCAGCUAGGGAUUAUAUAUGUACUCCCUCUGUCUAGAAAAAAAAGUUUUUUUAUUUGGUUUGUUUACGAUGUUUGACUAAAACUAUUUUUUAUUG